AUGAGGGAGGUCGCCCAAGGCCUCCGCGCUCUCAGCAGUGCCAUCACAAGGAUAAGCAACAUUUCCGGUACGCCGGGCGUAUCUGUGGGAGUUUUGCACCAUGGCGAGGUGGUCCACACCGCAAACUUUGGGUAUCGAGACGUCGAAGCAAAACUGGCUCCUGAUGAAGACACCAUAUAUCACAUAGCUUCCUUGAGCAAGCUCAUCACAGCGGCAGGAAUCGGCAUUCUGGUCGACGACCAGAACCUCUCUUGGAAAUCACCCAUCUCGAGUAUUCUACCAGGCUUCAACCACAAGGAUCCUGUGAUUACCAAGGAGGCAAAUAGCAUCGAUCUUCUCGCACAUAUGGCUGGUGUGGCAAGCCAGAACCAAUUCAUAAUGCAAGAAUAUGGUCGUCUGUCCCUAUCUCAGCAGGAGACAUUGCCUAUUUUCUCUUCCUUGCCCCAGAUUGCGGAAUUCCGGUCAACCUGGAACUAUUGCAAUUGGCACUAUGGUGUUGCAGCAAUGGUCGUGGAGAGAAUCAGCGGCAUAUCUUGGGGUGAUUUCCUCAAAACUCGCAUCUUUGAUCCCCUUGGUCUAAAAAGGACGAUAACCAUACGAAACCCGAUGACACCAAACUCGCAAUUCGACAACGUUGCCCGAGGCUACAUAGCCCUUGAGGACGGAAGUCCACUCCUUACCGAACGUCCCUACGUUAGUAGUGGGACCUUGUUCUCAGGUGCGGCAGGGGUACAGAGCAGUGUCAACGACCUCCUUCGACUUUAUCAAACGCUACUCGCCUCCAACUCGGACCAAUCUAUAAAAAAUUCGCCCUUCAGACAACUUUCCACCCUUUUCUCUGCCCACAUACCUAUUCCAGGGUAUUCAGUCAAUAAAAAGGCAUAUUCAUUGGGCCUGGUGCGUACGGAACUUCCUGGGAGCCUCGGUGUCACAGGCCUGAACAGCAUGUCGGUGUCAGAGAUGCCUGUUGUUGGUCGGGGAGGCGGCCCCAAGAUUGUGUACCACCACAACGGCAGCCUGGCUGCAUUUCUGGCUUGCGUUAUUCUCAUUCCGGAGUCCCAAUCCGUGAUCGUUGUCCUUACAAAUUCGAUCGCCAAAAACGACUGUGCUGACUGGAUCGCCCAGAUGCUGUUGGAGGAACUGAUAGACUGCCCAGAGAAGAACGACUAUGAACAUAUAGCCCAGACAAGUGCCGAUGACAUGAUCUCCAAGUGGAAUAGUAUGCCCGUCCAGCUAGAGGAACAGCGGAUCCCAAACACUCUACACAGGUCGAUUGAGCAGUAUGCCGGAGGGUAUUUCAACUCGAUUGGAGACUAUUAUCUUGACAUUUUUGUUGAGGACGGCGAGCUCUUCAUGUGUAUGCAGGGCGACCGUACUCAGACGUACAAGCUCAACCACUACCACAACGACACCUUUUCCUGGCUUCUGACAUGGGACGAAAAUGCUCAUCGCGGCCGUUUCCGAGUCCCUUCUCCGGAAUACUACCUUCUGAGGUUUCAGGCACAAGACGAGAGCAUAUACGCCAUCAAGUGGAGCAUCGACCCGGACAUCCCGAACGGGCAGCUAUUUUCCAAGCAAGAUGAUGCUGGCCUAGAACAGAUUCGAUUCAAAAUCUAG